UUUCGAGUACAAUAUAUGCUUCUCGCAAUUAAAAGCAAAUGUAGAAGAGAAUUUUUAAUUCAGAAGAACCUAGACAGAAUCAAAUAUAUGCCAAGAACCUAAGAAAGCUCAGGAAAAAUCUAAGGAAACUGGAAGAUUCUAGAGAAAAUCCAAAAAGAAUCUAGUGAGAACCUAGUUGUCAAAUUGCAGAUAAAAUAUACCUGCUUGGGUGUAUUCUGUACCUGGUCUGAUGUACCUCCCUAUUUGUGAUUGCAAUAAACCUAUUAUUUUUAUUAUGUAAAUGCACAUAUGCAUAAUGUCCUCCUUACCAUAACAGGAUACAGACUCAUUGAAUAUUCAGUAGAAUAUUUGUUCCAUCUAUUACGUAGUUUCUUGUUUUAUCACGCUUGAUGAGUUAACGUACUUCGUGUGAAUUUACACGUGUCAUCUUUGUUAAUCCUUUACUCGAUAUAAUUAUGGAUAAGAGUUUGCAACAAUGUUUAGAACUGUUAAAAGAAAAUGAAGACGAGAUACGAAAUGGUGCCGAGAAUGCGUUGUUAACCAUCUGUCAAAAUAUUUUAUCACAUCCAAAUGACAAACAGUAUCGAAAGGUGUUGCUCGAUGAUCCUGUAGUUAUUCAAAAAUUGCUUCCAGCUACUGGUGCCAUGGAAUGUCUGUUUGACAUUGGUUUUGUGGAGGCUACAGACUAUCUCUUAUUACCACAAGAGGUAUCUCUCACAAAACUACAAACAUUGGAAAGUUUCCUUGCAAAAAAUGCUAUCAAAAUUAAUCCUGCACGAGCACGUACUGUUAGGAAUUCAGCAAUUUAUGACUUGUUACCUGCAACAUGUAAUAAAAAAGAGAAAGACUUUUUAAUGGGAAUUAUAACAAAUUUUCAACAUGUCCUACGAUAUGAAGAUGAAGGACUUCAAGAAAAAGCUAGAAAAGUAAUACCAAUUAUGGAGCUUGAAGUUGCAACCAUGAAAAGAAUUAGGGAAUUGCAAAAGCAUGCCAAAAUAGCUCAAACAGAAAAGACUGCCAAAAAGCAAUACACUGAGGAUGACAUAGAAGAUGUAAAAGAGUUGUUUCUUAUGGAACUUUUACAUUGGUUUAAAUAUGAAUUCUUUACAUGGGUUGAUGGCUUGAAAUGUACUGCAUGUUCCUCAGAAUGUAAAUAUCUAGAGGUAAUAAAAUCUGAUGACCCUACAAUGUCAAGAAUUGAAGUACAAAGAUGUACCAACUGUGAUACACUGGUUCAAUUUCCACGUUAUUGUGAUCCAGAACAAUUGUUAAUCUCAAGACGUGGACGUUGUGGUGAAUGGGCUAAUGUAUUCACACUGUUCUGUAGAACAUUAGGAUAUGAUGCAAGAUAUGUACAUGAUGAAACAGAUCACGUUUGGACAGAGGUAUGGUCCAUACGCGAACAACGAUGGAUUCACGUAGAUCCGUGCGAAGAUAUUAUGGAUCGACCUCUAAUGUAUGAAAAAGGCUGGAAAAAGAAAUUAACUUAUGUAAUUGCGUUUUCAAAGGAUGAAGUACAAGAUGUUACUUGGCGAUACACGCGAGACCUAUCAGGUGUAUUAAAGAGAAGAAAACUUUGUUCUGAAACUAAAUUAUUACAAUUUAUUGAGUCGUUAAAUAAGUAUCGUCAGUCUUCCGCGAACUACAAUGCCUCUCGUAAGCAGUAUGUAACAAAACGAAAGCUAAUGGAACUCGUCGAAUUAUUACAUAUGCCCAAAGGACAAAAUUCUGACGAUGAUGAUAAUUAUCAAGAAAGAUCCACUGGUUCCUAUGAAUGGAAAUUAGCUCGAGGAGAAAUUUCUCAAGCAAGCCCAAAAGCAAACUAUUCUUGGGAUAUUUCCAAGUAUGGCGAUACAUUCCACUUACGUUAUUCAAUUGUUGAGGAUAGGUAUAAGGUAACAAAUAAUGAUAGUAAAGUAAUAGAAGAAAUAUCUGGGUGGCACAAUGGAGUAUAUGAGUUACAAGGUGGAAUAUUCCGCAAAGUAGAACAUGAUUGGAAAAUGGUAUAUUUAGUCCGUUCUCCAGGAACUAGUCGUGGCAAGAUACAAUGGAACUUUGUAGUAUCGAAUCCAAAUUUAUGUAUAAAGACCAUUAGUUUAAAAGCUGCGGUAAAAACAUUCUUCGAGGCUAAUGUAUCGUGGGAAGUAGAAGCGUUUUUUGAUAAAGUGGACCAAAAUAAAUCGGCUGUUUUUCCUGUCGAUGAUUGUACCAACUAUUAUACAGAUAAGUUGAAGGGAUCGAUAAAAUUGAUUCUUACGGCCACAGUUUCCGGUGGUCAAGGUGACUGUGCGUGGCAACAUGCUCAACUAUUUCGACAAAGUUUGAAAAGCGAAGGAGACCAAUCGUUAGUACUUGAUAUUCAGUUGGAAAAUCGGUAAUCAUAAAAAUUAAGUUAUUGGGAAUUGUUGGUAUGUAAUACGAGCUUUCUUUAUAAUUGGCGUAACUAGGUAGGGACCAGGGUGUACCUACCCCUCUUUAAAGUACGGAUUAACAUUCCUAUCCUUCUAAUUUAGCGCGAAGAACGUAAGACCUAGGAUAUAGUAUAUUAAACACUUUGAGAUUCUUAAAUUCCUACAUUUUUAAUUUUCCAUCUCCGAAAUUCUCAAAAUUUCUCAAUUUCCAAAAGCCGCUUAUGAGGAUCGUUACCGUUAUAAAUGAAGUUAGAGAACCUGAACUACUCUAGGAAAAAAUCCUAGUUACGUAAAUGCUUAUUAUAGCAAUAUAUAUUAAUAUUAUGAAAGUAAAUAAUUAUGAUUAGGAUAAACAUAAUUUCAAAAUAAAUAAAAAUAUCUCAUGUCUAUGAAUUGUUCCUUGAAAGAAGAAUAAUGUAUUUAGUCGCAAAUAAAGAGAAGUCUUCAUGACUUUACAAGUUUGAAAAUUUUUAUUUCAUGUACAAAAUAAGCAGACUAGUGAUGGCACUUUAUAAAGGCAUUCGAGUCCAAAUAAUGUUGUACAAUUUUUAACAAUAAUCUCGCAAACACUAACACUAUCUGAACACAACAUUUUUAUCUUUAUAUAAAUUCUUGUUCAAAAUUUAUCAAAUUAUCGUAUUAUAAAGAAUAUGAUCACUUAAAUGUUUUUCAAAAACAUUAAUAUUUUUUAUUGAAAUAAUCUUGUUUAUAUUAUGUAUAUAUAAUAUGUCGUUGUG